AGUUUCUUUCUUUGAUUUUCAUUUUUUUUUUUCUUUGUAUUAUCGUUGUACCUGAAAAAUAUGCAACAAGAAAAUAAGUGGACUUCACCACCAGACACACCGCGUAAUUAUAUGUCACUUCAAUCAAGCUACCCUUACAGCAAUAACAGCAAUGACUUCUCAACACAUCCUGCCACUGCUUCUAACGCAUCUAAUGUACUACCUGGAAUGUCAAGUCAACCAGCAAUCCCAGGAUUGAUUUCAGGCUCACAGCCUAGCACACCUAGACCAGAUAUAAUCAGUCCACCUCCAGAUAACAAUAAGAUAGCUACGCCUGACCUUAUAAGAAGAAGGCCACCGCUUCCUUCCAAGCCAGCUAGUUUUACAACAACUACAUUUCAUUCCAAUCCUUAUCCAUCAGGUGUAGCAUUAAGGAGACGCAGAACUGAAUCAUCUAUGUUUUCUUUCGAAACAGGACCAGCAUUCAGUCCAACUAAGCAGACACUAGACUUAUGGAAUAUUGAUCAGUCGAAUGGGUACCAAGUUCAGCUACAGGCCAAGAUGGAUCGUGGAUUUUUCCGAGCGGAUCAAGAUUGGACCUGUUAUCGCCGUAACUACUUCCAAGUGAGUUCAGUCUUCGAGCUUCAUGGUAUGAAUUACAUGUUUCAAGGUCCCGAGGUACCUUGCCUUGUGAAAACAGAAAAUCAAGAGCUCUAUCAAGUGGAUUAUUUCAGCAUUGGGGUGACAGCUCGUGUUUCAGGCAGUGAUAAAAAAAUUGAACUUGUGCAGCAUACACCUAAACGAGACAAAGGCCCACAAAUGAUACCUGAACCCCGAGUUGUCAGUGUAGGUGGCAAUCUUCAUUUAGCUUCUGUUGGAUCCAAUCACAACAUUGUGACAUUUGAGAGAUUACAGUUCAAGACAGCCACUGCCAAUAAUGGUAAACGAAGAGCUGCACAGCAGUAUUACGAGAUCGUAAUUUCUCUUUAUGCAAAUAGUUCCACCACGGGUAAACAAUUUAAAGUUGCAACUACUGUAUCUGCUCCUUUGGUAGUUCGUGGUAGAAGUCCCGGCCAUUAUGCUGAUUCUCAUACUCGAUAUAGAAGCCUAGAUGCUGGCACUCCCUCUGGGGUGGGUGCAGUUGCUAAUGUUGCUGCCGUGAAUGCAGCAGCUGCAGCAGUGGGUCAUCAUCCACCACCACCACCUCCGCCUUUUAGCAUGGUUGGCCCAGGCGGUCCUUCCGGUAACACAUCUACAAAUACUCCUCCUCUGCCGCCAUUAAAUGGUGUUGCCACAGCUUCAGCCAUCGGCAUUGCUCCAUCUGGAAGUGACCCCUAUUUGCAUCAACAACAGCAAUCACGAUAUGCUGGUUUAAAUGCUGCUUCAGUAGCUGGACCUAAUGAUUUCCACGCUUACCCUUAUCAUCAUCCUCAAACUCCUACCUAUCCCUACCCACUAGGCUAUGCUUCCUCAGUAUUAAAUACUCCACCUCUUGGGCUAGCAACAGCUGGUAACCGGCAUGAUGAACAACAAGACCCACACCAACAUGCUCAUCAUCAGCAACAACAAGCUCGUGAAAAUAGUUAUAUGGUUCACCCGUAUGCUUCUCAACAGCAUCAUCAACAUAACAGCGGGCAUUUCUAUACGGCAGAUAACAGUAAUAGCAACCACCAUAGCGGAUUGGAAUCUAACCAGCCUCCUUCUGGUGAUUAUUAUGGCCACCAACAGCAACAUCCUUCUUCAACAGAGCACCACCGUCAUCACCAGCAACAUCCUUAUUGGACGACUCAGCAUGGUGAUAAUCGUGAUACGAACACUGGUUCUACAACUAAUGCUGCUGCUGCUGCUGCUACUAAUGCCGCUAAUACAGCAGCAUCCUCAGAACAUAAUGCCCGGUUUGCUCCUCAACAAAACAGUAAUGGAAAUACUUAUUUGAGUUCGGAUUUUCAUAACAGUUAUGGAGUACGGCCGCAGCAGCAUGAUGCUAAUAACACAAAUCCCUCCUCUACUUUAGGAGAAGCAACAAAUCCCCUUGAUGCUGAUCGUUCGAUGGUGAAUACCACUAACAAUAACAAUACCACUAUCAAUAAUAACAAUGGCUCAAAUAGACAUUAUAUGCAUCACUCGUCGACAGUCUCUCAUUAACAUUAUUUUUACUAUUUACUUUAAUACUACUUUUUUUAUUCUAAUUUCAAGUACGUCUUUUUUAUGGUUUUUUCACGUAUAAUAUUAUCUCUUCCUGGUAUAAGUUCUACAACUUCUAUUAUACUACUACAAAUUACUACUCUCUUAUUGUUCUAUACAUAUUCUAACUUACAUCCUAUUGAUUAUCCACCCUAUUAAAAAAGAAAAGACAAUUUUCCCAUCC